ACUUUGUGUUUCCGGGUGAAAUCUCUGGCCCGAAGUUUCAUGCCGGGGAUAUGAGCAUAGGAGACGCAAAGCCGGCUGAAAGAACAGUGUAGGCUACGCAGGGACGGAGAGAAAGGGAAGGGAGAGAAUAAGAAAAAAACCGAACAGCAGCUGAGCGGUGCGUUUUUCACCUUCUGAAAAACAGGAAGCAAACGCCGAUCUGCCUACCUGGCCGCAUUGUCCUGCAGGGAGAAGACAGCGGGCUCUCACGGCUCUUCUUGCCACGCAUAGGCAUAUUAUUUUUCUAAAGCCUAACUCUCGUUCUUGUGGAUUCAACUGCGAGAAAAACUGUCGUUCUUGUGGAUUCAAUCGAGAGAAAACAACUUUUAACUAGGCCUAUUUCCUCAUUCGUACGGUCGUUAUUUUUCAUAUUCCCAACAAGAAUAUAACUCAAGAUGCAGUGUCCCUCCCCUGACACCCACAGCAUGGAGGAGAGCCACAGGGAAUAAGAGCCUCCAGGAGACUGUAGGUCCUUAUGGUUGAGCUGGGUAUUGGUCCCUGCGAUGCCUCCCGCCAUGACAAACCUCAUGGACUUGUGGGCAGCCCACUCCCAGCUGUCUGGAGAGGACCUGGUCACUGUGGACUUCCUGUUACCCACCGGCAUCUACAUCCAGAUGGACGUCCCCAGAGAGGCCACCAUACAACACAUCAAACUGCUCCUAUGGAAGCAGGCCCAGUCAUACCCCCUGUUCCCUUCUCUGGGGGAGAUGGAGGGCCACAUGUUUGAGUGUGUGAACCAGGCAGCGGUACACGAGGAGCUGGAGGAUGAGACCAGGCGCCUCUGUGACGUCAGGCCCUUCUGGCCCAUGCUCAAACUGGUCACACGUAACUGUGGCCGCGCCGAACGCCUACUCGACUCCAAGAUCGGCGUGCUCAUCGGAAAAGGUCUCCACGAGCUGGACGCUCUGCAGGACCAGGAGGUGAAGGACUUCCGCAGUAAGAUGUUCCGUAUCAGCGAGGAGAAGAUGCAGCGGGUACAGCUGAUGACCUGGAGCGAGUGGCUGCAGGCCUGCUUCUCUCCGCAGCUGGAGCCAGGGGGAGGAGCCACAACCGACACAGACGGUGUCAACGACAAACAGGCCGAAGCCAGCCUCAAAGUCACCAUGCACUUCGACCAGUCCCAGGACACAGCCAGUCUGAAGGUGUGGCCCAGCACCAGUCCCAGUGAGCUGAUGGAACAGGCGUUGAGGAAAUGGCUGACGACCCACGGCCCCGAGGAGGAGGGACGCCAGGCCGAGCAGUACGUUCUGAGGGUCAGCGAUAAGCUGGAGUUCCUCUGUGGAGACCACCCCCUCAUACAGUACAAGUACAUCAAAGCCUGUCUCCAGGCGAAGGAGUGUCCCCACCUGACCCUAGUCCAGGUCAGCACAGUCCAGGCCAUGUUCGAGAAGGAGAUCUCGGCCAUCGGAGCUGUGGUCAACCGCAAGAGCUCCAACCCCCCCUUACCACUGCCUCCCAAGAGGAGGGGACCCUCGCAAGUGAAUACGUGUGUAUGGGAGGUGUCUAACCAGUUUAAGAUCGUCCUAAUCAAAGGCAGCAAGGUGAACGCUGAGGAGACGGCCAAGGUCCAGGUACGCGCAGGCUUGUUCCAUGGCACAGAGCUGCUGUGUAAACCAGCGGUGAGCAGCGAGAGCAGCGGACGCUCCGAACACGUGUGGAACCUCCCGCUAGAGUUCGACAUUACCGUGAGCGACCUGCCGCGCAUGGCCCGCCUCUGCUUUGCCGUCUACGCCGUCAUGGACAAGGUCAAGAAGCAGAAGUCCACUAAGAACGCCCACAUCAACAAGUACCAGACCAUCCGCAAGUCUGGCAAAGUGCACUACCCUGUAGCCUGGGUGAACACCAUGGUGUUUGACUAUAAAGGACAGCUGAAGACUGGAGAUAUCAUCCUUCACAGCUGGUCUUCCUUUCCUGAUGAACUUGAAGAGAUGCUGAACCCCAUAGGAACCAUCCAGACCAACCCUUACACUGAGAACACUACAGCACUCCACAUCCACCUCCCUGACUACAACCCUCACACCAUCCUUUUCCCCCCCUUCGACAAGAUUCUGGAGAAAGCUGCAGAGAUCGCCGGGUCAAGCGACUGCUUGCCCAUGGGCCGAGGCGGUAAGAAGUUCCACAUUGAGCUGAAGGAGAUCAUGGAGAGGGACCCUCUGUCCCAGCUGUGUGAGAACGAGAAGGACCUCAUCUGGACACUACGCUACGACUGCAUGGAGAACUUCCCCCAGUCACUGCCCAAACUGCUGCUCUCCGUCAAGUGGAGCAAACAUGAGGACAUGGCCCAGCUUCAGGCCUUGCUGCAGAUCUGGCCCAAGCUGAGUCCCAGGGACGCUCUGGAGCUGCUUGACUUUAACUACCCAGACCAGUACGUCAGAGAGUACGCUGUGGGCUGCCUGAGGGAUAUGAGUGAUGAGGAGUUGUCUCAGUACCUGCUCCAGCUGGUCCAGGUGUUACGUUAUGAACCCUACUAUGACUGUGCGCUCACCCGCUUCCUGCUGAACAGAGCCCAGUGCAACCGCAACAUAGGACACUUCCUCUUCUGGCAUCUCAGGUCAGAGAUGCACAUGCCAGCCGUCGCUGUCCAGUUCUCUCUCAUUCUGGAGGCUUACUGUCGCGGCAGCAUCCCACACAUUGAGGUCCUGAAGAAACAGGUGGAGGCUCUGAGCAAGCUGAAGUCUGUAAAUGAGCUGAUCAAGCUGGGCACCAUCAAGAACGCCCGCAGUAAGACUAAGGAGGCAAUGCUCACCAAAGAGGCCAUGAUGACUUGUCUGAGACAAAGUGGCUACACAGAGACCCUCUCUGACCUGCACUCUCCUCUCAACCCCAGUGUCCUGCUCUCUGGAAUCAAUGUGGAGAAAUGUCGGUACAUGGACUCUAAGAUGAAGCCUCUGUGGAUCGUCUACAACAACAAGCUGCUGGGGGGAGACACCCUGGGAAUCAUCUUCAAGAAUGGAGAUGACCUGAGACAAGACAUGUUGACACUGCAGAUCUUGAGGUUGAUGGACCUGCUAUGGAAGGAGGCCAAUCUGGACCUUAGAAUCGUGCCUUACGGUUGCCUAGCGACUGGUGACCGGUCAGGGCUGAUCGAGGUGGUGUCGUCGGCGGAUACCAUCGCCAACAUCCAGCUGACCAGUAGCAACGUGGCGGCCGCCGCAGCCUUCAACAAGGAUGCACUGCUCAACUGGCUCAAAGAGAAGAACUCUGGAGAUGCUCUGGAGAAGGCGAUCGAGGAGUUCACCCUGUCAUGUGCAGGCUACUGCGUGGCCACCUACGUCCUGGGGAUCGGUGACCGUCACAGUGACAACAUCAUGGUCCGCAGCACUGGACAGCUCUUCCACAUAGACUUUGGGCAUAUCCUGGGGAACUUCAAGUCCAAGUUUGGCAUCAAGAGGGAACGCGUCCCCUUCAUCCUGACCCAUGACUUCAUCCACGUCAUCCAACAGGGAAAGACGGGCAACACUGAGAAGUUUGGCAGUUUCCGUAAUUACUGUGAACAGGCCUACCUGAUUCUGAGGCGGAAUGGGAACCUCUUCAUCACCCUGUUUGCCCUCAUGCUGACUGCUGGACUGCCAGAGCUCACCUCUGUCAAGGAUAUCCAGUACCUUAAGGACUCUCUGGCCCUGGGGAAGACCGACGACGAGGCACUGAAACACUUCCGCCAGAAGUUUGACGAGGCACUGAGAGAGAGCUGGACCACCAAAGUCAACUGGAUGGCCCACAACGUGGUCAAGGACAACCGCUCCUAG